AUGCUAGUGCGGAAGUUCAGUAUGAGUAGCAGCAUGAGUGAGCCAGCGCCGCUGAGCGCGGCGUCGUCAGCAGGGUCAAGCGGCGCUGGCGGAGCAGGCGCCGUCAGUCCGCUGCCGCUGGUUCCCGAGCCGUUCCUGCCGCCGCCGCCGCUGCUGCACAUGCUCAUGUCCAGCGACAAGUGCCAGGAACUGAUGUGGAGCGCUAAGCAGCUGCAGCUCCAAGGCGACCCCUCGCUCCUUCGGCCUCCGCCGAGCGCCUUUGGUGCUCCGCUGGCGCCUACAUGGGAACUUUUACAAGAGACGAGCGCUCGGCUGUUAUUCAUGGCAGUACGCUGGGUGCGGUGCCUGGCGCCGUUCCAGGCGCUGACGCCAGCAGACCAACUGGUGCUGCUACGCGCCGCAUGGAAGGACCUGUUCCUACUACACCUGGCGCAGUGGUCGGCGCCGUGGGAUCUGGCGCCGCUCUUGGCUGCACCGGCGGCGCGCGCUCGCUUGCCGCCCGACCCGCUGGCCGAUCUGGAGCUCAACACACUGCAGGAAAUACUAUGCCGUUUUCGGCAGAUAGCGCCCGACGGUAGCGAGUGCGGCUGCAUGAAAGCAAUCGUGUUGUUUUCGCCAGAUACUCCUGGCUUGAGUGAGACGCAACCAGUAGAGAUGUUGCAAGACCAGGCGCAGUGUAUCCUCGCCGACUACGUCCGCACAAGAUAUACAAGACAACCAACGAGAUUCGGGCGCCUGCUGCUGUUGCUGCCGUCGCUGCGGGCGGUGCGCGCGCGCUCCAUCGAGCUGCUCCUCUUCCGAGACACCGUGGGGGACGUGUCCGUCGCCACCUUGCUCCACGACAUGUACCGGAUGCAGCCGGCGCCAGCACCGGCCUUUGGGCCGCCGCACCCUCCUCCUACUGAUCAUUGCGCCUCUCCUUAGAUUUGAAGACAACAAACUGAUUUUCUUCAG